AAUACCAACCGCAUCGUACUAUGUGGUAAACCGACCGCAGCUACAUUCACAUUGUUUGCAUCGCUGUCUUAAACGUCAAACUUUUGUAUUCAAAACAGUGGAUUUAUUGCAACUGUCCGAUGAAACCAUUUACAACUGUCGGAAUUAGAGAGAAACAACUUUGAAAAGAGAUUUUUUUUAGGCGAAAUAAAUAUUGUUUUCCACAAAAAACUUGAAAACAAGUGAAAUUUAUCAAAAAAUAUACUUUGAACGCGAUAAUGGAAGCAAUUCAGUGCACUGAAAAUAACACCGAAGCAGUCACCAUACAGACAGAGCCAAAUCGCCUAUUGAAACGAAAUAUCGGAGAACUUGCCAUCGAUGGCAAACUCAAUGAAGACUUCAAAUCGCCCGUUCGGAAGGAAGUGAAAGUAAGCCAUGAGACGCAUUUGCGCCGUGAGUUGGAUCAAUGGAAGGAGUUGAUGAAGGAACGAGGCAUCCGACGUUCGGUCGAACCAAAGGAAUUAAACGAUACUGAUCCGACCGAUUUCGACAGCAUAUUAAAGCCCGACCAGAAGAAUUUCAUUUCCGAGGUGAUUGAUGUGCGACAGAUGAUUCAACAAUCGCAUGAUUUCCGGCAUAAAUUCGAUUUUUUCCUGCGUGUAAACAAGCUCAUGCUCAACGUGGUCGCUGACAAAUCGACCGAAGCGCUCGAUGAAGGCAAACAACAAGCGCUACAAUUCCAAAGUCAGUUCAUGCUCUGUGAACAAUUUAAUCCCGUCGAAAAUUGAGCAAUUUUUUGCGCAACAAAUCAUCAUCAGUCACAAUGAAUGAUUUUGCAGCAAAAGAUCAAUUGCAAAAAUGAUAUUUUAAGUAAUUUAAGCCAUAAAACGAAAUAAAAUGCCAGAUUUGUUUUCUAUUGUUCAA